ACUAAACAAGACCAAAUCUUGGAAGCUGAUUUUUUUCCUACUGCGUUUGUUAAGAGUAAAUGGCCAGAGGACAUCUCAAUAGUAAUCCUGGUCAUGUCUCGACGAGGAGGAAGGGAUACAGAAGAAAGACACAGUUAUACGGACUGUGAUCGGGAACCCCUUCUGAUUAAAUCGAGCCAAGUAAUCCGCGAUUUGGACACUGAAGAUGAGACUCUGUACGAAUGUGAGACUUAUAGACCAGAAAACUCAGAUGAUCCAAGGGGUCCAAUGACCUAUGAAGAAGCCAUAGAAAAAGCAGGUUUUGGAUUAUUUCAUAUUAUGCUUUUAUUUGCCUGUGGGUGGGCAAAUAUGAGUGAUGCAGUUGAGAUCCUUUGUGUUUCAUUCCUGUUACCCACAGCACGCUGUGACCUGCACCUCAGUACAACAGACAUGGGAUGGCUUACUGCUAGUGUUUUUCUUGGCAUGAUGAUUGGAGGAUAUAUGUGGGGUAUUCUGGCAGACCGAAGAGGAAGACGACAAGUCUUGUUAUUUUCUCUUGCUCUUAAUGGCAUAUUUGGAACUGCAGCUAGCUUGGCUUCUGAAUUCUGGCUCUUUCUUUUGCUUCGAUUAAUCAGUGGCAUUGGGGUUGGUGGCUCAAUGCCUGUCAUUUUUUCUUACUUCUCGGAGUUCCAGCCACGUAAAAAGAGAGGAGCCAUGAUAAGUGCCCUGGCAACAUUCUGGAUGGCAGGAAAUAUCUUGGCAGCAGGCCUGGCAUGGUUAGUUAUCCCAAACACUACUUUGAACUUCCACAUAGGAACACUGCAGUUUCAGAGCUGGCGGCUGUUUGUAGUUUUGUGUGCAAUCCCUAGUGUGUCCUCUGUAUUUUUGUUUUGGCUGCUGUUGCCGGAAAGCCCAAAGUUCUUGAUGGAGUUAAGUCGUGAAGAGGAGGCCAUUGCAGUUUUUCGCUGCAUCUUCUACUGGAAUCACAGAAGCACAAGAAUAUCCUUUCCAAUCACACAACUGAAACUCUCUCCAUUAGUGGAUAAAGAAAAGACAUCCAGUGGAUAUCAAGCUAAAUUUGACUGCUGCAGAUUCAAACAGGGACUGGAACCUGUGAAGAAGCUUUUCACUCCACCACUGCUGGAAAGAAGCAUCCCAUUUAUUGCAAUAUUUUUCUCCAUCUCCUUUGGAUAUUACGGACUGUGGAUGUGGUUCCCAGAGCUGUUUAAGCAGAUUGAAGAGACUGGAGGAUCUCCCUGUUCUAAUGGAUUCCAUUCAUCAGCCUCCAAGACCACAGAAAAUGUUACUUGUUACCCUGUAAAUACUUCAGUUUACAUAGAGGGCUUUAUAACAGCUUCUUCUAACCUGCCCGGGAAUCUUCUUACCAUCCUUAUCAUGGACAUAGUAGGAGGAAAAAUUCUACUGUGUUCUAGUCUUCUUCUUUCUGGAGUCAGUGUUUUCUUCAUCUGGGCUGUGAAGACAAAAACGCAGAGUCUGAUUAUGUCCUGUUUCUUCAGUGCAGUCUCUGUCAUCACCUGGAAUGCAUUAGAUGUCAUUGGCACAGAGCUCUUCCCCACUCAUCUCAGGUCCUCAGCAUUGGGAUUCUUCACUGGCGUUGGUCGUGUGGCAGCCAUCUUGGGUAAUGUGACCUUUGGGCAACUGUUAGAUGUGACUUGUGCGGUGCCCAUCCUACUGGUUUCUGUCUUACUUUUCCUUGGAGGACUCAUUUCACUCAGGUUACCAAAUACCAAAAAUGUUGAGCUGGAAUGAAAAAGAAAUACUGCAAAAAAAACAGUGCAAGAUUCUGGAAAAAGCAGAAAAAAAACACUAGGAAAAACUGAACUGUGUAAAGGCCAAUAAUACAAAAAGCACCGCAUAACACUAAAUAUGUCAUCAUUUAUUCAAAAAAAAUUAAUUCCUUCCCACAAGUUUUUAAAUGUGGAUUUUCUGCCAUAUCAGCCAUCCACAUUUCAUGAGGAAAUUCUCUUUCCAGGGGCAUUUGGAACAGUAUCCAUUCAUAGAUUUAAAGUUCAUACAAAGGCAGUAGUGUGUCAAACAUUGUAAGCUUUACAAACAAUGGCCUAAAAGUGAGUUAAUAAUUCAGAAGCUGGUGGUAGGAGGCAGAGUUAAUUUUGAGGAUAUAGGUAGAAUUUUAUUAAACUGAUUUGUGAUAAGAGGGUAAUUAAUUUGAGAGAUAAUAUUAGAGGGAAAGCAGAUAAAGAGAAGGUGGAAAAAGGGAGGAAAAUAGAAAGAAUAAGGAGGCUUGGGAUGGGAUAAUGGUACUUUGGCAGAGUUAAAAGUUUUUUAUCUAAUGACUCCUAGGAUUAAUUUCUGCAAUCCUGUCCACUUAUCUAAUUGAAGUUUGAAUUUUGUAGGCUUUUACAUUAAUUUUGUAGGGGAGUAAGACUCUUGUGUGAUGAAUUUAUCCAUGUUAUCAUGGCUUUGAUGUAAAACUAGGUCUUUGAAAUCAGUAAUAACUGACUGAGCUUUUUGAAGAAAGGGUAGCUGCAGAGUGCAGAAUAUGGCAUAAUUUGAAAGGCAAGUGAGAGGUCACCUCACAGGAGUCUAAAGGCCACAGAAAAUCAGGACAGGGAUUUUAGUCUGACCAAAUGAGACUGCUGCUUUAAAUCAUGGAUUCUUUUAGUUAUAACAUGCUGGAGUCUUUAUAGUUGAAAAAGCUGCAUAGAGCUAUACUUGCCAAAUGGUACACAGUAUUGUAAGAUGGGGUGAAUACAUGCAGAUUAAAUGAGAAUUAAGAUGGAUUAGUAUAAAGUUGAUGACCCAACAGAUAAGAGAGCAAGAAGAAUUUUGUGGCAAUACUUGAGAUACACUGACAUAAGGACAGUUCAUCGUUUAUAUAAAUUCCUAAAUCGUGGAUCAAGGUGUCAAUCUUAAUGUGACUUCUCUUUGUGUGAUACUGUGCAGAAGCACUGAUUUUACCAAAAGUUACAAUACCACAUUUCUUUUGUGUUCAGGGUGAGAUUGUGAUUAGAGCAUUGGCAUGAUCAGUGCCUUGGUGGAGCAUUAGUGAAUUUGAAGGGGAGCUUAGGCUUAUCCCCACCUUGCAGUCGACUGUGACUUUAGUUAGCCACAGGUUAUUAGCAUUUGCCUGUACUUCAAAGAAAUAUAUUCUAAAGAGAAGACCAAGUACAGAACCUUGAUGAAAACUACUAGUUGAGAAUUGCUUUUUGUAAUGGAUGACGUAUCUUCUGAUUGUGUUCUAUUGUGCAGCCAGUUAACAAAACAGUGAACUACAAAGUGGUUGACAUUCAGCUGGAUUAGCUUACUUUUGAUGUCAGAAUAGGAGUGGUAUCAGGUACUCUGUUUCUUUGAAAAAGUUCCCAAAACCCUAAACAAGAAUAAGAACUAUGAUAAGAUCUAUGCUUGACAAAGGCUAGUGUGGAGCGGCCAACCUUGUGGCAGGGGAAUAACUAGGCCAUUUCUCCAUUUUUAGCUACCCGUCCUAUGGAGAGACUUUUAAUUGAAGAUAUUUAGGAAAGGUUUGGCUAAGUGAUGCUCUACGCUUACAAGUAAUAGGAAUGUUGUCUGUUCCCAAAGAGGUGGGUCGUUUUUAUUUUGGAGAGAGCAGUUAAAACUUGGUUUGUUGGUAUUGGGGUGAGCAAGGGUAUAUAAGGGUAGAAAUGAAGUUAGUUUAUUUGCCAUGAUGGUAGCAAUAUGUUCUGUGUGGGUAGUACCAUAUAUACUAUGAGUUCAUAACAUGACAUUGUGAAGUUUACAUGGAUAACUAAAAUGGGCCUUAUGAUGUUGUUAGUGUUGAUGGCUACUUUGGCUUUGUAGGCAACUUUGGUGGUAUUCUUGAGUUCCUAAUUUUGUUGUUUUACUAAUGACCUAGGUGGGGGCAAGAUUUAUAUAAGGCUAGGAGAUUAAAUUUCUUAAUUUGUUGAAUCUGUUGUCCCAGCAGAUUUGAUUUUAAUGUUUUUACGGUUUUGCUUAUGAUGGAAUGGAAUUGUUUCCUCUAUGUUGUGAUUAAAUAGGUCAUAUAUAUCCCUGGUUAGGGUUGGGAUGUCAUUUUUUGGAAUGUUAUGUUUUUUGAUGAGGUCAAGAAAAUUUAACAGGAUAGCUUUAUUUGAGACCCUAAAAAGUUCAUGGAUUAUUUGUACUAGAGGCUGGUUUUGAAUCAGGAGGUGAUAGCUUAACGGUCUGACGUAACUAGGGAAGGGAAUACAUGUGGGGUUGUGCAGAAAGCAGGGGGACUAGUUAAGACAAAGUUAUGAGGUCUGGGCCACAAGUGAGGACAGUUAAGUAUUAGGUCCUGGGAUCUGAAGUUGAAAAUGUCAAGAAAAGCCUGGCCAUAACAGCUGCUAGUUGUGCAAGAGGAGCAGCUGAUAGUUGGGUAACAAAAGCCUCAUGAUAAAAAUGGUAUUUGGUUGACUUCCAGCUGAUGGAGCAUGUUUAAGUAUUCAACAUGUUUUUCCAGGGACAUAGAGGGGGACUUGUAAUGAAUGACACAGUAGAGAUGCUUUGUUGAGUGCAGUUUGGACUUCUACUAACUCAAAACUGAGGUUAUUUUGGGAAUGAGACACUUAGGAUAAGAUCUCAAAUUUGCCUCUACCAUUAAAAUUUGUCCUGAAUAAGUGAUGUGUUUGAAUCUGUCGACUGGAACCAAGUUUCAGUAGAAAGACAGAGGUGUAUGUCCCCCAGACAAACAAAUUCACAAGUUAGACAUUUUGCUUCUGAGGCUUAUGUUGAACGGGGCAACCAUAAUACCUGUCAGAUUGGAAUUUGUCAGGUUAGACUGUGUACUUUGAAUUUAACUAAAAAAGUCACUAUGGGCAUGGAAAAGGGGUUUUUUUCAGUAUGCUUAAAGAAAUCAGAGGGUAGUUGCAGCCCAUCCCAGGUGAUGCAGAAAUAUAUAUCCAUCAUCUUUUCCCGGCUGUCACAAACUGGAUUCCAUAGAAUGACACCAUUAAUAUAGGAAAUGAAUAAAGCCAAUCAUGGUUGAUUUGUACUUGUAUAUCAUUCUAGGAUACACAAUGAGAGAUUCACCAUGUCUCUCUGCAUCUCCUCCAAGAAAGACCACCUGAGACUGUUCAACCUUACACAAGCAACAACAAUGUUAUUACUCAUACUGGGGCUGGGCUGUUUCAAUGUUUGGAGACCCCGGUGAAAUACCUUAUCCUAGCACCUGAGAAACAACUGAUCUUCACCAGUCCUUUGCCAGUCUGGUGACUGUAGAGUCUAUGUGCUUGACAGUGAAAUCACCAGUAACUAGAAUACCUCUGGUGUUGGCAUCCCGUUUUUGCUAUAGGUCAUUUGCAUUAAGGGCACCAUUUUUUAAUUUAGUACUUCUUUUUAUUAGUAUAUGCCAAUAUGACAAUAGUAGGUAUGAACAUCUUGUUUCCAUGUUUGUAGUGGAUUUAUAGGAUCUUGAGGCUGUGUGUGGUUGAAGUGCCCUAUCCUUUGUCUUGGAGGACUUUGUUAGGCAUAGACUACUUCAGCAUAUAUUUACUGAUGAUGGGAGAGAUUUGCCACCACCAAUUGUACAUAAGUGCACCUCUUGCAGAUGGACUUUGUGUUAAGUAAUAUUAGUGGAUUGUAUAAGUAUGGGGCAGUUACUACACUGCCUUAGGAAGUCUAGAGAAAUUAGGCUGGCUGAGGAAACACAAUUAAUAAACUGUAUAACUUCAUAGUUUACAGCAGUAUAGCUAGAGUCAGAUACUGACUAAAAAGCUUAGUUGUGGUUUCACAGAAGGUUAGUCACAGGUUGGAUAAGGUAACUGCAGCAGACUAUAAACAAGUUGAAUGCUACUGUAGUGGUAUGCUUAUUCUAAACAGUGCAUGAAAUAGUGAAGAGACUGCAUGAAGUUAAGAUAGCAAGGGGAGGAUUGCCAAGACUUUGUAUAGAUUUGUGUUAGUCCUUGCUAGUAUAAAUGCUAUGUAUCAAGUUCCCCUUGAACAUAUGAAAUGAGAACCAAAAUAAGCAGUGGAAUAUUUACUAACAGAAAAUGUAAAGGCUUGCCAGAGUGAGAUGCUGCCUUCAUCAAGGUUAAUGGAUUACUUCUUCACUAAAGCCAGAUAUUACAAUAUAAAAAUUGUUAGCAGUAGAAAGAAAUUGCAUAAAUAAUGUACUGUGAAGAAACAAAGGAGAUGACAGAACAUUUGCCACAAAUAGUUGUAUUUAAGUCACUGUGGCUCUCAAUUUGCAUGAAGUAAAUUGUCAGCUGAGGUGAAAGAUUGUUAAGGGCAUCACAAAAACAUAAAACUGAAAAAUCUAGACACACUGGAUUUGAUAACAUUAUAAAGGUAUAUUUAUCUGAUGUAAUAAGUCUGGCUAAGAACUGUGAUGAUAUGCAUAAUAUCAAAAUAGUAGUUAUUACUAAAUUGUGGAAUUUAUCAAAUGUAUGCAUUGAUAGGUUCAAGAAAUGUGAAUGUUUUAGAGAAUCGACUACAGAAGAUGGAUAUCUUAUAUUAACUCACAAUUCAUUGCAUACAAGAUUAACAUCAAAACCUGUGGGAAAUAAAAAUGUUGUCAGUGGUUCUAGAAAAUGUAUAGUCAUAAGAACUUAAGUUUAAUUGGAUGUGACAGGAAACAAAAUUAAGCAUUUAAGAACUAAGUGAGCUUCUUGAAAAACUAAGACUGUUGCCUGAGACUGCAAUUACUUUAGUUGAUUUUAAUUAUCCUAAAAUAGACUGAGAUAAGAUGUCUUGCACUACUCAUUACAAACACGUUUUUAGACUAUGUAACUUAAGAUGUACGCACAGCUGGUGAAUUUUAAUACCAGACAUAACAAUAUACUUGACUUAAUUGUAACAAAUAGUCCUAAUUCAAUAACUAGUAUGGAUGUUAUUGGAACAUCAGAUCACAGUGUAAUUAUCUAUGAUGCCAUAUGGCACAAAGGUAGCACCAAAUUUGCAGUCAUUUGACAUAAGAAAACUGACAGAUACACUGAGGGCAUCUUGGCAGGUAAGAAUGGGGAAAAUAUGUAACGAUGAAAAAAGCUGUGGCUGGAAUAAAUUAAAAUUCAGAUGUGUUACUGCUGUAGUAGAAACUUCUACACUAAUGGAUGUCAGUAAAUUUAGAAAUAAAAUGCAAUAUUUUUAGGAUAAAAAGUUUAAGUCCUUGUAUUUUAAGAAAAGGAUGCAUGAGAUAUACAAGAAAGACUUGAUGUGAUCACUAAAAUGGUAAAGGGGCAUUUCAAAAGUUAAAGCAAGGUAUUAAAUUCAGGUUGCUUCUUAAAAAGGAUAAUAAAAAAUCAUAUUAAACCCAUUUCCCCAAAAAAGCAAAUAUAAUUUUUUUCGCAGAAAUAAGCUUAUAAAAACAUUAGUUCUCACAAAUGUGUAUCCCAAUUGAUCAGCCUUUCUUAGUAAAUAUUUGUGUUUAGAAGUAGAAACUUUCAAUAUGCAUUUUGCAUCCAUAAACAAUAGUUCAUCUUUAAAAGAUAACACUAAGUUCACAUCAAAAAUCCGCAGUAAAACCAGCUCCUCACAGACUGCUGAGACAUAUAUAAGGAAAAUUAAAGUAAUAGUAGUGUGAGUCCUGAUUUGAUACAAGGACCAUUCAUAUAUUUACUUCAUAAAGAGUUACUAUCUCCAUGGUAAAAUAUUUUCAACUGUUUGCUGUCUAAAGGCUGUGUGCCAUGCAAAUGGAAAUAAUAUAUUGUAGUAUCAAUACACAAAGGUGGCAUUACUAAUUUAAUUUAGUACUUUAAUUUACAUAGGCCUAUAAGUUUAACUCAAAUCUUAGGUAAAUCCUUUGAUAAAUGUAUACUAUCAAUACUAACAGGACAGAAUAUUUAUAAUAAAGGCCUUUGACAUCACUUAGCUUGAUUUUAUUAAAAGUAGCUUUACUAUGUCAAAGUUAGAGUUUAAUGGCGUAAAUUUGACAGAGGAGUAGAAAUUAACGCUCAUUAUUUAUUUAGACUUUGCUAAAGCUUUUGAUACUUUGCCCUCAUUCAGACAUUGUUGUCAUAUCAAAGCAUGAUACCAACCAUUAUAUUCAGAGUUAUGGAAUAACUUAUAAAAAGAACACAGGGAUUCUUUUUGGGAGACCAUGUCUAAAAAUAAUUGCUUCCAGAGUACCACAGGAAUAUGUCUCAUGUCCUGUUUUUAUUUAGUGUUUGCAUCAUUUCCUGAUGUUUCCCAGUCAUGGAUCAAAGAAUAUGUAAAUGGAUGCAAAAUUGUGAAAAUCAUUGCAUCAAACCUGGAUGCUGUAAGACUGAAUGACUGUUUAGGUAGAAUUAGUAGGUGGAGAAAAAAGAAUCAUAUUAAAGUCCCCCCCCCC